AUGGGCAUUAGAGGCGCGUUUGCGCCUGGCGUCGUGAUCUACAUGGCUUUUAGUGAUGCUUCAAAGAUACAAAGAAAAGAUCCUACUCCUAAAGAAAUUAAAGUGGACUUGCCUUACUUUCAAGGUAAGGAUGACUUUGAUGCUUAUUUGGAUUGGGAGAUGAAGGUGGACCAACUCUUUGCUUGCCACCAAGUUAGCAAAGAAGGUAAAGUGCCUCUAGCAAUCCUAAACUUUCAAGGAUAUGCUAUGUAUUGGUGGACUUCUAUAGUCCAAGAGAGGCUAAGAAGUAGUGGGCCUUCAAUUGAAUACUGGAAUGAUAUCAAGUCAGCCCUUAGGAGGAAACACAUUUCCUCCUACUACAAUAGGGAGCUCAUGAACAAGCUCCAAAGACACCAACAAAGAAAUAUGUUUAUAGAAAAGUAUAGACAGAAAAUGGAGUUACUUAUGAUAAGGGUCGAGAUAAUUGAGGAAGAGGCUAUUGCCAUUUCUAGAUUCGUAAAUGGAUUAAACCUUGAUAUAAGAGACAAAGUUGAGCUUCUACCUUACCAAGAUUUGAAUGAUUUAAGGGAUUUCAAGAAAGAAGAAAAAAAGGUUGAGCUACCUAGGAAUCCAAGUAAAGGUAAUGACAAAGAGGUUAGUGCAUCAUCACACACUCGCAUCAGUGAAAUCAAAUGUUUCAAAUGUCUUGUUAGAGGUUACAGAACAUCUCAAUGCCCCACGGAAAAGACCAUGAUUCUUAAUGGUGCUGAUAGAUAUAACAACAAAGAUGAAAGUGAAAGUGAGAGUGGAAGUGAGGAAUCCAAUGAGUCUAAUGUAGAAGAUGCUCACCCUUGUGAUGGGGACCUUUUGAUGCUAUAUUUGACUAUUUUACCUCAUCCAAAACCAUACAAACUUCAUUGGAUUAAUGAAGACGGAGAUUUGGCAGUUAAUCACCAAGUGAAGGUCAAACUUUCCAUAGGGAAGUAUGAAGAUACUGUGCUAUGUGAUGUAGUACCUAUGGAAGCCUGUCAUUUCUUAUUGGGGAGACCUUGGCAAUUUCACAAGAAAAUCAUGCACAAUGGUCUCACCAACAAGAUUAACUUUACUCACAAGACUAAAAAGUUUGUUCUUCAUCCUCUUUUGCCAUCUCAAGUGGCUGAGGACCAACUUCAAAUGAAGUAUAAAUGA